AUGAACGCUAUAUUUGAAUCGAUUUCGCAGCAAUCUGCUAAAGAGCAAUACGAUGACAUUACCUUUGCUGAGUUGCCUUUCUUUCCAUUGACUUCAGAUCCUAUAUUGGACAUUACCAUCGACGACUUACUUGCAAACGGUCAUACCAAUGCCACCUAUCCGAGUGAUGGGUUUCUAAGUUUUCACUCCUUGAAGAUCUGUAGCUCGAACGCAAAACAAAUGUCAAAAAAUUUGCAGCUAACUAUGGGAUUCGAAGAAAUUGCCUACAGAGGGUUAGAAACUGAUUCCAGAUUCAUUGCAUCUCAUGUUUUGAAAAAUGGUGAUAUAAUUUUAGAGCUUGUCAACACUUUGGAAACAGUCGAGGAAGACAAUGCAUUGAAGGUUCCUUACUACCAAAAGGAUAUUUCAAAUUUUAAACACUUCGGGAAACAGGAUUUGUCUACCAAAAUUGCAAAUAAGAUUGCAAACGAAUUCGUGACAGACAGAGUAAGCGUGUUGUCUACUUCAAAUGAGUCCCAAAAUUUAGGCAGGAAGAUAUAUAACAAGAUCUUGAAUUCUAAAACUUACAAGAGUUCCCUUCGCGAUUACGAAAAAGUCAUCAAGAAGUCCAUGACAAAUUCGGAAAACAUAUACGAAGACAUGGUUGAGUGUGCAUUAAUACAGAAAUUUCUUAAAAGCCAUGCUGAAGGAGUUAUGGAUAUUGCAUUUCAGGUGACCGAUGUGGAUGCUUCUUUUGCUAAAGCUAUCAAUGCUGGUGCUGGGAUAAUUAAAGUACCCAGGGUUCUGAGCGAUGAAUAUGGCUCUGUAAAAUUAGCAACCAUUGCAAUUCCUGAUACGGAUCUUCAACAUACAUUGGUUCAAAUCAUUGAUUACUGUGGUCCCUAUUUGCCCAAUUAUUUUUUACCACUACAAGCCAAAAGUAACAAUCUCCCCAAGUUGAGCCUUUCAAGUGUUAAUUUUCAAAGUAUCGAUCAUUGUGUUGAAAACUAUUCCUGGAAUCAAAUGAUGACACAAGCAAAAUUCUAUGCAAAUAUUUUUGGCUUUCAUAAAUUCUGGUCAAUUGAUGAACAAGAUGUAUCCACUGGAGAGACAGCACUACGAUCUAUCGUGAUGGCUUCUGGGAAUGGGAAAAUAAAAAUGCCUAUAAAUGAACCUGCUAAGGCAAGAAAAAGAGGUCAAAUAGAGGAAUUUAAUGACUACAACGGAGGCCCAGGAGUUCAGCAUAUCGCUUUUCGAACCAAUGAUAUAAUAUUUACUGUUGAGUCGUUAGUAAGUAGAGGCGUGGAAUUUAAUACUGUUUCUGAACACUAUUACAGUUGUUUGGAAAGGAGAUUGCGCAAAGAUGAUGUUAUUUUAAGGGAAAGCUUUGAAAAGUUGAAACAGUUGAACAUACUUGUGGACUAUGAUGCGACCACUAGAAAUAAGUCUUCUAAACGUUGUAAUUACAUUUUACAAAUUUUUACUAAGCCUUUUCACGAUCGUCCAACUCUUUUCUUUGAAAUUAUUCAACGAUAUCAUCAUAACGGGUUUGGAAAAGGAACGUUCAAGGGUUUGUUUGAGACUAUUGAACAUCAACAGAGAUUGAGAGGUACACUAGUCAUUAAUGAAGAAUAUGCUGAUGAAGGGUUUUAG